UGUAGUCUCGGCCAGUCUACCAUCUAAGCACAUCUCACAAUAGAGAGAGAAAGUACCUGGCUAUAUUUUUGUCUGUCAACAUCAAACAAAGCAAUAUUUCAAAGUCAGGAAAGCAACAGGGAGGUAGUGGUUGUGGUAUGAAGAUUUUAAAUGGUACUUGUUAAAUGUCCUUGAAUUGGCUUUCUUAGAGAGACAUGAUUGUAACAGUAGUGGGUGAUCUGUGAGUGUUUAUAUAUUUGUCAUAUGACAGCCCUUAACAAAAAAUUACCAUUUCAACCAUAGAUUUCGACCAAAAUACCAUUACUACAGUUCAAGUAGUACAGGUCAGUCCACUCAGCAGCUUUCUUGGGAAUGCUCCCUGGUAGCUAUUUUCAAUGAUCAUGUUUACAUGCACGUAAGAAUUCUGGGGUUACUGCAGAAAUCAGUGUUCUGAAAUGUCAUGUUGCUAGAAUGCUAAUUUCCUUACACCGUUUAAGAGAUUAAGAGAAAGCAGUUUAACACACCUGGGUUUCUCCCAGAGAACAUGGCUUAUCUGGACAUGUAAACGCAUAAGUGGCAUUCUGGUGGGUGUUGCGCUUCGUGGAACAGACUGGGAUAACAGAUGUCAUAGGAUGGAGCCCAGCAAUAUGUCAACAGAGUGGAAAGAAUUCAACAUUUCUGGGAGUACGGAGGGAAAAUCACAUAAAAUAUAUCCAUUUAUACACACCAUUGUAAAAUAUCAAUUAACCCUCACAUUCGCCUACAUGCACCCCAUUGUGGAAAUCCUGGAGUUUUAUGUAAGAGGGAAACCCCACAAUUGCAGUGCAGGUCACAAUAGAAAGUUAAAGAACACAGCAACAACUCUGGAAUAAAUGGUCUGCACUUAUGUAGCACUUUUUUAACCCCAAGCAACUUGGGGUUCAGUGUCUUGCCCAAGGAAACUUCAGCAUGUGGGCUGGGAAUCGAACCACCAACCCUGCGAUUGGCAGCCGACCCACUCUACCACCUGAGCCACAGCUGCCCCUUAAGUAAAAUAGCAAAGUUCCUCGGAUCCCAUGUUUGUUAUUUACACAUGCGUCACGGGGGAAAUUAUGUUGCUCAGGAGAAAGAGAUUACUGAUGGUGCCACAUGUAUACAGGAAUGAAAAAUGUGCCACUUAUGGACUAUGCUCGGUUUGUGGGGGGUUUCCACUGUGUAUGGUACCCUGUACUUGUUUUAGUCAGACGAGCCGAUACUAAAUGUGACAAACCCUGCAGAUCACUGAUUGAUCAGAGAGAAACGUCACUACCAGCAUCACUGGAUUUGUGACACGGGACAUCAACCUGCUAGUUUUAAAGUUAGCAACAGCGAUAGUAUCAUUUGUUUACCCGACUUUCGAAUUGUAAAAAGAAAUGGCUGUGUGCAAAACCACGCCUUGGACAAUAAACAAGGUGCAGACGUUACUCUCAUUAGCGACGAACGAAAUUACAUGAAACGAAAAAGUAUUUCAAGAAGUGUCUCAGCUAUUGGCUGCACACGACUACCAGUGGACCUACCAACAGUGUAGGGAAAAGUAAAAAAAACUUAAAAGUGACUACAGAACCAUCAAAGAAAAGUGGAAGUGGUUCGACCAAAUGAACGCUAUCUAGACUGGCGAGCAAUGGGACGGAGAGUGCCAUGGACUCAGCCACAACAUGGUUGGAGUCCAUGAUGGAAGAUGGUACGUUAGCUCUGUACUCUGCUUGAAAGCUUCACUUUAUUUAGUUGACCUGCUACUGGGAAGCUUGCUUCUAAAACAACCAGGCCAAUUUAAUUGUUACACUUGUGUAAAAUUACCAUGCAUCAAUUGCUUUAUGCAGUACAAUGAGCUAGUAGCUAACAGCUAGCGGUCGUGUUAUUGUUUAUGGUCAGUAAUGUUUAUGUUGCGUUUAAGAUUAUGUUAUGGCAGUAGAGGUGGUGCAACUAAGACGAUCAGCCAAUAAUCCCACCUACGUUGAGGCGGCACUAAACUGCAGUGGAAAAGCAAGCUCAGAAAAGUAAAGCGAGCAGAGCCGAGUCGAACCGUCCAACGUUCAGUGGAAAAGUGCCACUAUACAGUGCAUGUAAACCGGAACGCUGCUUUCUCACAAUAAACUGCUUUCUCGCAAUAUGCCGCUUUCUGGUGUACAGGUAAAUGUAGACACUGCUAACAACCUGUAUACUUGAAUGGGGAAAGACCUAAAAUCUCCGAAAUGAUUGGUCAAGAUUACUAUCAAAGAACAUAUUUAAAAUCAUCUGUAACAAUUUUAUAAUAAAUUGUGCUUUUUUAUUUAUUUAUUUAUCUUUUUUGCUUAGAUUGACCUAAAAAACUUUAUUUUUCAGACUUUUCAAGCUAAUGUGCAUGCAUGUUCUCAAGUCAAGUGACUGUGUCUGAAAGGUGAUUGGCUCUUUCACCUGUAAGGCAGGACUUCCUUUUCUACAUUUGUCAUAUUGGGUGUUCCAAUUUCUUCCAUUCAUUUACAUAACACAAGUGCUCUGACAAUAGUCUGUGUACAGUUAGGGGCCAUUUACAAUGAACUGAGAGACUGAGACAGUCUGCGUUAUUUUAAGUUGUUUUCUUCUUUUGUUUUUCUAUGUAAACAUGAUCUUGGCGGACAUCUUUGACCAUUGCGACCAUUGUUUUUUGUCUCUUAUAUUUUUAGACACCAUGUCAGGUUAAAAAGAACAUCAACUUUUAAAAACGUGACUCGAUACAAUAGUGUUCUGUUCUACUCAUUGCACUGCAUCUGUUUUUGUUUUUUCCACAAGAAAACAUUCGAUCUGAAUGGCCCUUAAGUUUUAACACUUUAAAGUCAUAAUUUGUUUAUUAUUAUUAUUAUUUUUAAUGACAGUAAAGACCUUUUUCACACUUGGGGUUUGGAACGUGGAAGUAAACGUUUGCAGGGUAAACUUCGACAAUGGUGAAUGGCUCCUUUAAGACUUCAGACAUUUCAAGUGACGCAGCAAGAGAGUGUGAGAAAAGGGCGAGCAGAAAAAAUUAGGAGUGGUAUAUUUGUGCGUGCUUUUAUAUAAAGUGAGUUUUCCAUCUUUAAUACACAAUUAUGAUUCAGUUGCACGUUGUAAACUUGCAUCUACCUGAGUUUAUGGUAAUUAUCUUCGAGUCAUUGUGCGUGUUUAGUGCGCUCAUUUCAUGCACAUUUGGUUGCACGUGAGUUAUUCUGCUGCAUUCACGUGCUAUCGGAAAUUAUCAGAGUUUCCCACUCGGAAGUUGCACAUAAGGCUGGGAAUCGAUUUAAAAAAGAAUCAAGUCCUCGAUUCGGAGCAAGUGUGCCGCACAAGCCCUCAAAAGUGAAGCCAAAACAUCUCGAUCGCGCCCCGGUGACUGGUCCUAGUAUAGGUGAUAAACCCCGCCUCCCCAUGUUAUUCAACGGGACGUGAGACCAACUAAACAAUGAAAUUACACUUCACAUAUCUUUUUUCCAAAGAUAGUUUUUGUCAUUUACUGUAGUUUCUAUCACGUUGAUGUAAUUUCAAGUGUUUGUUUUCAAAAUAAGUUUGUUUUUAGUUAGUUAUUUGAUGCUAUAAAAACGGUGCUGUGACAUCAUGAAUGACAGCUGUGAUUGACAAGUUCUCUGAGCGAAGUAGUCACUGAAGCACCAACUGACUUUUUUUCGCGAUCUUCGGAGGACUGAGGAGAUUGGAGCUUUAAAUUGAAUAUCUAAAUUUCUAUAAUUAAUUAUUUCACACCGUCAUAAGUCAAAAGUGCAGGGGCAUGUGCUUGCUAUUGAUUCAGCGAGAGUGAGGGCGGGGCCUUGAUUUUGCGGCUUUACUUCCUGCUCACUACUGCACAGGUCUGGUCCCGAAAUCGCAACUGCGCAGACUCAAGUCCCAAGAUGUCAGUGCCAAAUCUGGCAUUCUGGGCAUUUUUCUUUGGGGCCGAUCAGGGGCGGACUGGCCAUCGGAAGAACCGGGCAGUCCGGUGGGCCGGCUGCGAAAGGGCCGCUAUAAGCUGAAACGAGCCACCGCGUUAUGCAGAACGGGCCACAAAACGGCACCGCGAUAUGCCGAAAAGGACAGUGAACAUUUGGGCCAGUUGCUAUGUAAAAUCCUGGGCCAAUUUCUCUUCCUAUUCCACCCUUGCUAAUAAUCAAGUAAAAUGGCAAUUUUGUGACAGUAAAUUGGCAUAGAGUAAUGACUUCCCGAUGUUACAACACAAGUCUGCAACAAGGAGAUGGCAGAGUUCUGUUAACGUCCUGGAUCACAUCAAUAAAUUGAUAUGUUAAAGUUUAAAUUAUCAUCGUGCUGCACUCUUUAAAGCGAGAAUCUAACACUUUUCUACUUAUACUCGACAUUUUUACAGAGUUUAAAACCUUUUGCAUACAUUUAUUUUUUUAUUAGCCAACAUUUGACACAAUUUUACAUUAAAAUUAUUUAAUCAUUAAUAAUUCAAAAUAAAAUCAUUAAUGAUUCAAAAUAAAAUCAUUAAUAAUUCAAAAAUUGUAAAUACACGUUAAAUGUGUGACCAACCCUAGUUGCACAUGAAUUACCCCUCAAGUCUUAAUUACUACUGGGAAUCUAGGAAAUAAUUUUGAUUCCCGAGUUUCCGAGAUGGGAGGAGUCCUAAACUUUCAACAUGGUGGUCGAGUACCAUUUUUGUAGUGAAUUAAUUUUCUCAAAUACAGCUCAUUGUUAGCCCUUGCCGUUUUGGUCAAAUUAAUUUAUGUAUAUCAGCAACCAUUCUAUGCAUGUUGUAAAUUUCUACACGGUUAAAAUAGCUGGUAUUUUACCAAAAUUCCAUUAUCGUCAACAAGCUAAAUGAGUGAUAUGUAUUAUGGUGCGUUCACAUACAGCCGUGGCCAAAAGUAUCGGCAGUGACAUCAAUUUUGUGUUUCACAAAGUUUUAUGCUUCAUUUGUUGUGGUCUUGAUUCACAUUGUUUCUAUAUUAUUGUUCAGAGUGAUCAGAUGCAUUUUAAUUAAUUUAACAUAAUUUCACUAAUCAUAUCAGCAGCACCUGGGAAAGUGUGAACAGGUGAAAUCACUCUGUAAUUCUGAUUGGAUUAUAAGAGCAGACUGAUUGCUAUAAAAGGAGCGAAGAAGUGCUUACAAUGUGUUCUUGUUAGCAAUGUUUACCUCUAAAAACAGACGUGCAGCCAUCAUCGCUUUGCAUCAAAAUGGACUCACAUGCAAGGAAAUUGCUGCAAAGAAUAAUGCACCUGAAAGAACCAUUUACCGAAUCAUCAAGAACUACAAGGAGAGAGGUUCAACUGCAGUGAAGAAGGCUUCAGGACGUCCCAGAAUGUCCAGCAAGCGCCAGGACCGUCUCCUCCUGAGGAGUCAGCUACGGAAUCGUGUCACCACCAGCAGGUGGGUGUGAGUGUAUCAGCACACAGAGUGAGGCUAAGAGUUUUGGACAAUGGCCUGGUGUCAAGAAGGCCAGAAAAGAAGCCACUUCUCUCCAAGAAAAACAUCAAGGGCAGACUGAAAUUCUGUAGGAAGUACAAGGAUUGGACAGUAGAAGACUGGUGCAAAGAUAUUUUCUCUGAUGAAGCCCAAUUCCAACUGUUUGGGACAUCUGGAAAAUCGAUAGUCCAGAGAAGAAAAUGUGAAUGCUACCAUGAGUUACGUGUCGUGCCAACAGUGAAGCAUCCUGAGACCAUCCAUGUGUGGGGCUGCUUUUCAUCCAAGGGAGUGGGCUCUCUCACAAUUCUGCCCUAAAACACUGCCAUGAAUAAAGCAUGGUAUCAAAACGUCCUGCAAGAGCAACUUCUCCCAACAAUAUAGGAGCAAUUUGGUGAUGAUCCGUGCAUUUUCCAGCAUGAUGGAGCACCAUGUCACAAGGCAAGAGUGAUAAUGAAGUGGCUCGGAGAUCAUUACAUUGAAAUUUUGGAUCCGUGGCCAGGUAAAUCUCCAGAUCUUAAUCCCAUAGAGAACCUGUGGUCAAUCCUCAGAAGGCGAGUGGACAAGCAGAAGCCCACAAAUUGUGAUCAACUCCGAGCACUAAUAAGGCAAGAACGUAUCGCCAUCAGUCAGGAUUUGGCCCAGAAUAUGAUAUUCAGCAUGCCAGAGUGAAUUGCAGAGAUUACGAAGAACAAGGGUCAACAAUGUAAAUAUUGACUCUUUGCAUAUAUUGAAUGUUUUUGCCAAUAAAAGCCUUUAAAACUUAUGAAAUACUUAUCAUUGUUUUCCAGUAUACCAUAGAAACAUGUGAAAAAUAAUCUACAAAUACUGAAGCAGCAAACUUUGCAAAACACAAAAAUGAUGUCACUGCCAAUGUGUUAUUCGCGCCGCCCAGCUUCUAUUUGCGUCUAUUCACAUCUUUGCGUCGACUUUGUAUGUAUUCGCGCCGCGCGAAACGCUCGCUUCUUGUUGUAUGUUUCCUGUUCUUUCUGAAUACAAAGCAAGUAAACACGAUGUACUCAUAAUUACCACUUCAGAAGUGGGAUGUAGGAUAAUUCCGAUAGCACAUGAAGGCAGCAUUAGUACAGACGAUUGCAUUGAUAAUAUUGAUAAUAGUGUUUGCACAUUAUUAUUUCGUUUGCUAAUAGUCUUAUAGAUAUCUGGUGUUAAAUACCAGACUCCAUGUGAACUUGUGAUGUUUAAUGUUAAAUGGCUUAAGUCAGAUGUCAGUAUGGUAAUUCAUAUUGUCAAUACACCGAUUGCAGUAAUAUAUUUGCUUACUGAUAUUUUUAUUCAUUCUUGUAUUGACACUUGAAGACUGUAUUGUUAUUCCUUCAUUUGAAUAGAAUUGUAAACAUUUAAUUGUAUUUUAUCUUUAUUUUAUACAGACUACACAUCCCUAUGUCAUUGUUCAUCCUGAGCUAUCUAGAAUCAAUUAAAGUCACUUAAAAGGAAGAACUGUGGUUGACUGAAUUAUUGGGAUUUUACUGGCCUGCCAGGGAGAGUGCUUCCAAUCUAACAGUCCUCAAAGAAUCACACCCAAAUUUUCAUUGUUCUUCCUUACAGGAGUAAUGGGAGAUCACACCAAAUAUUAUUUUCACUUACCCAUUUGCUCCAAGACCAAAAGAAAAAAUCUACUAUUCCGUUUGAAUGGCUUUCCAGAAGAGGAAAUAAAUAGAGAGUGUUUGAUUAAGAUAGUAAAAUGGGCCAAAAGUUGCCAAAUUUAGCAGCUGUAAUCGAAACUCCCUAGCAGUUGUGGUAAUUCCUUUUUUUAAUCUAAUUCCAGGGUAAUAUAACACAGCAUCAUUUUAUAAAUUUACACUCAAUAUAAUUUUUUUUUGCGGUUUUUAAACGAUUUACGCUGAUAAAUUAGGUAAAAACCCGUCAUCACGUCAAGGGGUCCAGUGUUACCAAUUAUUUUUGUAGUAACAAUACUGACUUAUGCCCUUGUCUGUGAAGCAACAAAAGUAAUGUGGAAAAAAAUGUGUUCAAUGUGAGACACGUUUUCUAUCUCUCUCUCUCUCUCUCUCUCUCUCUCUCUCUCUCUCUCUCUCUCUGCCUAUUUGACACUACUCUUCUACUCUUCUGCUGCAUCAUUCAAUCAUGCGCUGCCAAGGAUUUACACUUGCCACGAAUAAACUACGUCUUGUAAUUAAUGAAACGUUUACAACACUUUUACUUCUAACUCACUACAUAAUUACUGUGAUAUUGUUUAGAGGACUAUGGUGAUAUCAGCGGUGCUCAUCAUCAAAUAUUAAAUCAGGUAAGCAACAUUUAAAUUCACAACUUUAAAGUAUCUUUAGUAUUACAAAGACUUUAACUCCCUUAAUGUGCAUGUGAUUUACAUUUUCAAAAUAUUUCCAGCCAAUCGUGUAUUAAUAGGCAAUCAAGUCACGGAACCUCUUAAAAUGUAUUACGUCAUAUUUGUCAUUAAAACUGUGUUGGUCAUUAAAAAUUCUCUCUCUCUCUUUCUUUCUCUCUCUCUCUCUCUCUCUCUCUCUCUCUCUCUCUAUAUAUAUAUAUAUAUAAUUUUUUUAUUAUAAUUUAAAUGUAAGUUUAAAAAUUAAGUUACAAUUUCCCCUGAGCCUCAUUAUUUGAAGUUAGGAUCUGGCAAUAUUUUUCAGGGAUUAUGAUGUACUUGAACUUGCAUCACAAACCAUAUAAUCUUUCUUCUUAUUCCAUCACUGAAGUAGCAUUAUUGUGUUUGCAGACAGCCUUGGCUUAAGGAUGAUUCUACAUCAAGACCACACCACUAAAGACUCCUGGUGCAGUAUCUGUCAUACUUGGACACAGUCAUGGGGAAAGAUAACAAUCUUGCACUUGCCUGCCUACUGUUACCUACUAGCCCAAAAGGUGUAUCUUGAGGUCUUAUUUCCUGGGCCUUGUGUCAUUUUACCUGAUAACCUUGUUUUUUACGAUCACAUCCAUCCCAAGAAAGUGAUGUGCUUAUGAAUACAGCAGAAUGUUAAUGGACAGGGGGGAACAAACAUCUAUAUUUGGAAAAAUAUACUUGUCCAGUUUGAUUGCAAGUAGAUGCAAACAAAAGCCUCAUAUAGCUUUCAUGUGACUCUGUACCUGAUCUAGAGGCCGUUGUGGUGUAGUUGUGAUUGUUUUUGUUUUUAUGUGAACAUGUAAGUGCAUUUUGUGGCUUUGCAUGUUUGCCUGUUCUUGUCAUUUUCUGCUUUUGAUCAAGUCAUGCCACGUAGAAGAAAUGUCAGCAACAGCUGUUGCCUCCCACUGCACCUGAAUGAGGACAAUGCCCGCUUUGGCUUGCUGGCAGCCCUUAUACUCCUCUACCUGCUGUGUGGGGCAGUAGUGUUCUCCACUCUGGAACAUCCCUCUGAGCUGCAGGCCCACAAACGCUGGGAGGAACAGCUAGCCAACUUCACCCAGCAAAACAGUAUAAACCUGAACUCACUCGAGUCCCUACUAAAGCAAUAUGAGGAGGCAUUUGUGGCUGGGAUACGUGUAGACAAACUACGGCCUCGCUGGGACUUUUCUGGGGCAUUUUACUUUGUUGGUACAGUGGUCUCCACUAUUGGCUUUGGCAUGACCACUCCCGUUACUAUUGCAGGUAAGAUCUUUUUGAUAUUCUAUGGACUUAUUGGUUGUGCAGCAACAAUCCUUUUCUUCAACCUGUUCCUGGAGCGCAUCAUCACAAUGUUGGCCUACAUCAUGCGCUGGUGUCACGAGCACCAGCUGCGUCGCUCAGGCGUGGGAGGUGUGGAGUCCAGGAGUGAGGAUGAUAGUUUAGAGGGUUGGAAGCCAUCGGUCUACUACGUCAUGCUCAUACUUGGCAUAGCCGCCCUGCUGAUUGCCUGCAGUGCUUCUGCCCUCUACUCUUCAAUGGAGGACUGGGACUACUUUGAGUCCUUUUACUUCUGCUUUGUGGCCUUCAGCACCAUUGGGUUCGGAGAUCUGGUGAGCAGCCAAAGAGAGAGCUAUGAUGCUCAGGAGGCCUACCGUCUCGGCAACUGCCUCUUCAUCCUUAUGGGUGUGUGUUGUAUUUAUUCACUAUUCAAUGUCAUCUCCAUCAUCAUCAAGCAAACUCUCAACUGGAUCCUUGCCAAACUGGACCGCUGCAGGGCUCAGUGUCCAUGCCAUGGCAGGCCGUACAGGAGGCGAGGUAAGGUCUGCUGCUGCUGCUGCUUCCCUCAAAUACUAAGCCAGCACCACAAUCACCACCCUCCACAAGGAAAUUCCAGGCAGAGGGCUCAAAAACGCAAUGCCGUGCACCCUGCCCUGCCUAACGAGGCGGCAGGAAAGCAGCGCUUCACUAAUGCGUCAGUGGAAACAGUUUGUGAUAGUGAGACUGAUGCUGGCUUAGGACCAGAUGGAGGUUAUCUGACAGGGCGCAGACUGUCUGGAGAAAUGAUCUCAGUCAAUGACUUUAUGGCCAAUAAGGUUUCUCUGGCCAUUUUACAGAAGCAACUCUCUGAGACUGCUCAUGGCAAUCCAAGACAGAGCCAUGUUCGCCAGAAUGGCUUCUCCGGUGGAGUGGGCGCCUUUGCUAUUAUGAAUAACCGCCUUCAGGAGACAAGUGUUGACAGGUAGCUCAUUUAUAAAAAGGUUACAUUGGAUAUUGCGCAUUAUUUACAUAUAAAUAUAUAAAGGGUUUAAUUAAGACUCAAAUGAUCUGACAUUCAGAACAACUUCAUGGGAAAAUGUUUAAAAUUAAAUACCUUUCAGUUUGCUGAGGUUUUAUCAUUAAUUGCACGCAAUUGAAGAUGUACGUUGCAAAUUUGCUGUUGUAAUAUACAGUACAGAGCAAAUUAGCUACAUUUAAAAUGUACUUAGAUGUAUCACAAGGACAGUGAAUGUUAUAUUAGAAUCAUGGCGAGCAUCUAUGAAUGGUUUCAUUUUUAAGAGGCAGACAGCUCUCAAUGUUUUACAUCAUUAUAAACAAACCUUGGCAUUUUAAUGGUAGCAUCACUUCUCAGAGUCACUUUGAUGCUGAAGUGAUUGGCUGGUAUGGUGAGCAAUCACACUGUGCCACUGGAGAGAUCCUUUAGUGGCUCUUCACGAAAACAGACUGAUUUUCAAGAGCUAGGCAGAUGUAGCAAGAGCACUUACAGUACAAAGAGACAGUCCCAGGGGAAAAUGACAAGAGUCAUAUCAAAGGGAGAUGGUCAGUAUUGUAUUGUUUAAUCGUUUAUAUGACGCCGCAGUCAGUAUUGAUUGUCCUAAGAAAUAAAUUAUUUAAAAUGAAUACAGAUACAUUUUAUAUGAUCUAAUAUGCUUAAAACAAGAAAUGCAGAUCUAUCAAGCCAUCUAAUUAAUAAAGCAAAUUAUUUGUUGAUAGAUUGUAUAGUAUUGUAAACACUAAUUUGUUAAUGAUUUAU